AUGUUCCUCAAGCGACCAGAGAAACCUGAAGAGAUCCGUGUCUUCAUUGCUGACUCUGAUCUGGUGGAACAUGGUCUCCACAUCGGCCAUAACCGCCACGGUCUCUUUUGCCGAACCAGUAAUCGCAAAAGCCUCAUCCUGACCAGCACCUCCCCGACGCUGCCACGGCCACACUCUCCCCUGCCUGGACAUAUAGGUAGCAGCCCAUUGGACAGCCCGCGCAACUUCUCACCCAGCGGACCUGCCCACUUUUCCUUCGCCUCUUCAAGAAGGGCUGAUGGGCGGAGAUGGUCCUUGGCCUCUCUGCCCUCCUCAGGAUAUGGCACCAACACGCCCAGCUCAACGUCAUCCAGCUCAUCUCAGGAGCGGCUCCACCAGCUGCCUUUCCAGCCGACAAUGGACGAGCUGCACUUCUUGUCCAAACACUUUGGCAGCACAGAGAGCAUCACCGAUGAUGACGGCGGGCGCCGCUCACCCCACGUCCGCCCCCGUCGCGGAGCCUCAGGUCAGAGGUCGCAGGGCCCGGGGCGCUCCCCUUCCUGCUACGACAAUGAAAUAGUGAUGAUGAACCAUGUCUACAAGGAGCGCUUCCCCAAGGCCACGGCUCAGAUGGAGGAGAGACUUGCAGAGUUCAUCCAGAACUACUCCCCAGAGAGUGUGCUGCCACUGGCCGAUGGGGUCCUCAGCUUUAUCCACCACCAGAUAGCGGAGCUGUCCAGAGACUGCCUGGCCAAAUCACGUGAGGGCCUCAUCACCACGGUGUACUUCUUUGAGCUUCAGGAGAACCUGGAGAAGCUACUGCACGAUGCCUAUGAGCGUUCAGAGAGCUCGGAGCUCACUUUUGUGACUGAGCUGGUAAAAAAGCUUUUCAUCAUCAUUUCUCGUCCAGCAAGACUCCUGGAGUGUUUGGAAUUUAAUCCUGAGGAGUUCUACCACCUCCUGGAGGCAGCAGAGGACCAUGCCAAGGAGGGGCAACUAAUGAAGACGGACAUCCCGCGAUACAUCAUCAGUCAACUGGGACUGACCAGAGACCCACUGGAGGACAUUGUGAGUCUUGACAGCUAUGACAGCGAGGGACCACACACACCAGAGACCGAUGACUCUGCAGAGGGGAAAGGAAAAGCCAUCAAGCCACCAAGUGAGGGAGACUUCCAGACCAUCAAACUGAUUAGCAAUGGUGCAUAUGGCGCUGUUUACCUGGUGCGCCACAGGGAGACGCGUCAGCGGUUUGCCAUGAAGAAAAUCAACAAGCAGAACCUGAUCCUGAGGAACCAGAUCCAGCAGGCCUUCGUAGAAAGGGACAUCCUCACCUUCGCAGAAAACCCCUUUGUCGUCUCCAUGUUCUGCUCCUUCGAGACCCGGCGGCACCUCUGCAUGGUCAUGGAAUACGUUGAGGGAGGUGACUGUGCCACUCUGUUGAAGAACAUCGGAGCUCUACCUGUGGAGCUGGCAAGGAUGUACUUUGCAGAGACUGUCCUUGCCUUGGAGUACCUGCACAAUUAUGGCAUUGUCCACAGAGACCUCAAACCUGACAAUCUGCUGAUCACCUCCAUGGGCCACAUCAAGCUGACAGACUUUGGCCUGUCUAAGAUGGGCCUAAUGAGCCUCACCACCAAUCUGUAUGAGGGACACAUAGAGAAGGAUGCCAGGGAGUUCCUGGAUAAACAGGUGUGUGGUACUCCGGAGUAUAUCGCUCCGGAGGUUAUUCUGCGUCAGGGCUAUGGGAAGCCAGUGGACUGGUGGGCGAUGGGCAUCAUUCUCUACGAGUUCCUCGUGGGUUGUGUGCCUUUCUUUGGAGACACUCCUGAAGAGCUUUUUGGACAGGUCAUCACUGAUGAUAUAGUAUGGCCAGAUGGUGACGAUGCCCUGCCAGCUGAUGCGCAAUCCCUCAUCUCUACUUUACUCCAGACAAACCCUCUCAUGAGGCUGGGAACAGGUGGAGCAUUUGAGGUAAAGCAGCAUCCGUUCUUCACUGAGCUGGACUGGACCGGUCUGCUGAGACAGAAGGCAGAAUUCAUCCCUCACCUGGAGUCAGAGGAGGACACCAGCUACUUUGAUACCCGUUCGGAGCGUUAUCGGCACAUCAAUGCAUACGAUGAAGAUGACACAAACGAUGAUGAGCCGGUGGAGAUUAGACAGUUCUCCUCCUGCUCUCCACGCUUCAGCAAGGUGUACAGCAGUAUGGAACAUCUGUCUCAGCUGGAGCAGAAAGCUCCGUCAUCUGUGACCCGGCGGGAGCACAAGGGCCCUCGGGAGGACAAGGUAGCCAAGAGAGAGAGCCUGGGGAGCUUCAGCAUGAGAGACAAGAGUUGGAGGACCGGGUCGCCUGAGAUGAAGCGCCUAUCCUGUUCAGAGUCCCUCUACAUGGAGGGGGAGUCCAGCCCACCCCUCGGGGCUCGACGGCGCUUUUCUGCCCUGAUGGACACGCAUCGUUUUGCCUCUGCUCUAGAGGCUGAGCCUGAACUCCAGUAUCGUCAGACCUCCGACAAGGCCCGCGGGACCUCACUGGAUGGGGCCAACGUCCCCUCACCCAACCUGCUGGAGCCACGGGUCGGCCCGAGAGAGCUCAACGGAGGAGACAAAACCUCGAGACCGAUAGACACACCAGGAGCUGCCUCAGCCAUCACCACAUCAUCCCAAGGCCCUGUUGCAUCCAGUCGUGAUGUGAUGACAUCUCUUUAUGACCCCUUGGGGCCACGAGCCACCAAUGACCUCGUCCUGCGACGGGCACGCCACCAGCAGCUGUCAGGGGACGGGGAAAAACGCAACUCCAGACAGGGCAACAAGGUCAUCAAGUCAGCCUCCGCCACCGCCCUAUCUGUUAUCAUACCAGCAGUGGAGCCCCAUGGCGGCUUUUCCCCACUGGCCAGCCCCAUGUCUCCCCGCUCCUUCUCCUCCAACCCCUCGUCCCGUGACUCCUCCCCCAGCAGAGAUUUCUGCCCCACCGUCAGUGUGCUGCGCUCCCCCAUCACCAUCCAUCGCUCCGGGAAGAAGUACGGUUUCACCCUCCGGGCCAUCAGGGUUUACAUUGGAGAGAGUGACGUCUACAGUGUGCAUCACAUUGUUUGGCAUGUGGAGGAUGGAGGCCCUGCCCAGGAAGCUGGCCUUUGUGCUGGAGAUCUCAUCACUCAUGUCAAUGGUGAAUCUGUGCAUGGCCUGGUGCACACCGAGGUGGUGGAGCUCAUUUUGAAGAGUGGGAACAAAGUGACGGUGACCACCACGCCCUUUGAGAAUACGUCCAUCAAAGUCGGUCCGGCUCGGAAGGCCAGCUACAAAUGUAAAAUGGCUAGACGCAACAAGAGGACCAUGGGAAAGGAUGGCCAGGACAGUAAGAAGCGCAACUCUUUGUUCCGCAAGAUCACAAAGCAGUCAAACCUGCUCCAUACCAGCCACAGCCUUUCUUCUCUGAACCGCUCUCUGUCCUCCAGUGAGAGUCUCCCUGGCUCCCCUACUCACAGCCUGUCAGCCCGGUCCCCCACGCAGGGCUACCGCUCCACUCCUGAGCCCACAUAUUUGGGUGCCUCUUCCCAGAGCAGCUCCCCUGCGUCCAGCACCCCAAACUCCCCUGCUGCCUCCCAACAUAUGAGGCCCAGCUCACUGCACGGCCUCUCCCCUAAACUCCACCGCCAGUACCGAUCAGCCCGUUGCAAGUCUGCCGGCAACAUCCCCCUGUCCCCACUCGCUCACACACCCUCCCCCACACAGUCUUCCCCUCCAUCCCUACCUGGCCACACUGUAGGAAGCUCUAACACCACCCAGACCUUCCCUGCCAAGCUCCACUCCUCCCCCCCAGUUGUCCGUCCAAGGCCCAAGAGUGCUGAGCCCCCACGAUCACCUCUCCUCAAGCGGGUCCAAUCAGCGGAGAAGUUGGGCUCACCGCUGACCCAAUCCAGUUCUACAGGAGGCCUUGGGGGUCCGCUGAGGAAGCACAGUCUGGAGGUGCAGCACUCAGACUACCGUAAAGAUGCUUUCCUCUGUGAGGUGGGCCUCCAGAGCCUGCUGGAGACAGAAGGGGAGAACCUGCCUCCCAACCCACCUCCCCUCCCCUCAUCGCUGGCCUCGCCAUCUGCUUCAUUGGUCCCUGAAACAGGUGUACUGAAACCAGUGAGAAGACUUGGGAGGCAGGAGUCACCCCUCAGCCGGGAAGCACUGCUGGCAGGGAGGGAGCGGGAAAAGGAAAGGGAGAGGGAAAAAGAGAGGGAGAAGGAAGGCAAGGCAACACCUUUCCUAGAGAAAUCUCAAAGUGGAGUUGGAGCCACGGAAACCCAGUCAUCCCUUAGCAGAAAACCUCUAACAAGUCAUUUUAUGUCUCAGGCUGACCACAACUCUAGACUACGGUCCCCAAGUACAGAAACCACAAAAGUUACAACUCCCAGCAGCCCCUCGGGGACAAUAGGAAGCUUUGUUGGUCUAAGGGGGGCUGAGAAGAGUCCCCAAAGCCAGAGAGACUUAUCUCCCAAACAACAAGACAAGGUGGGAAGGAGUAUGUUCACUAACACUAAAGAUCCCCAGGAAAGUGAAAGGGGUAGAGCUGCACCAAAGCUAGAAGGAGACAGCAGGAGUAGGCCCAACCAGCCGUGUGGUGCAUUAGGCAAGGGCACCAGCCACACCUCGGAUAAAGGCAUUGGCAUCAGUGGCACAGUGUCAGGAGGACCACUGGCCAUGAACAAAACCUUUAAACCAUCAGGUAUGGGGGAAAGCCUGAGGAAGAGUGGAGUUGAGAGCAACGAUUUGAGGACUUCAGACCUGACGUCCAAAAGCCCCAAACUUCCUGCCAGGGUCCUCGCACCUGUUGUGCCCCCGCAUGGCCAGCCCCUUUCCCUGUCCAAGGUGAGGCAGGGACUCGGGCCCGUCAACUGCUACCGAGGCACCCUGGACUGGGAGGACAAGUGUCGUCUGGAGGUGGUGGAGGAGCACUCGCCUUCACCCUCUCCCUCCCCUACAUCUGUCACCCCCUCCCUCUGCGGGCCUUCCCUCUGCAAGUCUCGCCCGGUCUCCCCCGGCGACAAGACGAGCUUUGUCACACAGCUGACCACUGUGGCCAAAAAUGUUUUGGGGCCGAUCAAACUGGGCUCCCAGGAGGGGGGCAAGAGCAAAGACCAGCAGCCUAAGGCAAUGGAGGAAAAGCAGGGCUACUCGGCAGGAAAGUUUGAGACCUCUGCUGGAGGCAGAGCGGUUGGUGGGGCUGCAGUAGUGACCCAAAGUCCUGGAAGUUCACAGGUAGAAAAGGCUGCAGCUGGCAGCAGCCCCUCACAGAAUGUGACCAAAUGA